AUCUGGUGAUCCUUGAGGAUGUGGCUGUGGAAUUCACCCAGGAGGAGUGGACUUUGCUGGAUCCAACUCAGAGAAACCUGUACAGAGAUGUGAUGCUGGGGAACCACAAGAAUCUGGUUGCAGUAGGUCGGCUUGCUCAGAACCCUGUCUGGUGACGAGGGAGACACACAAGAGGAAGAAUGGCUGCAGGAUUGCUGACCACCUGGUCACAGGAUUCAGUGACCUUUGAGGAAGUGGCGGUGGAUUUCUCCCAGGAGGAGUGGGCACUUCUGGACCCUACUCAGAAAAUCCUAUACAGAGACGUGAUGCUGGAGAACUACAGGAACCUGGCCUCUGUAGGGUACCCUCUCUGCAAGCACAGUCUGAUCACUGAGGUGGGGCAGGAGGCACAGAGCACAGAGGAGAGAGGAAUGCUCCAAGGUGCCUGUGUAGGCUUGGAUAUUCAACUGAAAUCAAAAGAUGCAUUUCCUGUACAGAAUGUUCCUAGAGAAAAAACUUGCAAUGACAUAAAGACGCAGGUACCAACUCAACCCAGCAAGAAACCCUUGGAAUUUGAUCGUUGUGGAAAAUUCUUCAGAAAGAACUGUCGCUUGAUGUGUACAAGACAUUGCAAGGGAGAGAAAUGCCACAAAUAUAAGGAUAAUGGGAAAGACCUUGGCCACCCCUCAGUUCCUAGGAGUCAUGUAAGUACUCACAGUGGAGAGAAGACCUUUGAGUUUAAGGAUUGUGGCAAAGCUUUCAAUCAAGAGUCCUCCCUUAGGAAACACUUAAGGACUGUCACAGGAGAGAAACCUCACGAGUGUAACCAGUGUCUUUUGUCCCUCAGCAUACACUCUUCCUUUCCAGUAUAUGACCAGAUACCUACUGGAGAGAAGCUCUGUGAAUGCAGUGAUUAUAGAGAAAGAGCUUUGCUUAGCACCCACCAAAAACUGUGUACUGUGGAGGAAAGCUCAGAACGUAAUGAGCGUGGGAAAGUGUUCGCUGGCCCCUUGUCCCUUCAGAAAUGUGUGAGACCUCACACUGGAGAGAAGCCUUAUGAAUGCAGUGACUGUGGGAAAGCCUUCAUUUUUCAGUCUUCCCUUAAAAAACAUGUGAGAUCUCACACUGGAGAGAAACCUUAUGAGUGUAAUCACUGCGGAAAGUCCUUCAGCCAGAGCUCCCAUCUUAACGUGCACAGAAGGACUCACACUGGAGAGAAACCCUAUGACUGUAAGGAAUGUGGCAAGGCUUUCACUGUUCCUUCAUCCCUUCAGAAGCACAUGAGAACCCACACCGGAGAGAAACCCUACGAAUGCAGUGACUGUGGGAAGGCCUUCAUUGAUCAGUCAUCCCUUAAGAAACAUACACGAUCUCACACUGGAGAGAAACCUUACGAGUGUAGUCAGUGUGGAAAAUCCUUCAGCACGGGCUCUUACCUCAUUGUGCACAAGAGAACUCACACUGGAGAGAAAACCUAUGAGUGUAAAGAAUGUGGGAAGGCCUUUAGGAAUUCCUCUUGCCUGAGGGUGCAUGUGAGAACUCACACAGGAGAGAAGCCCUAUAAAUGUACUCAGUGUGGAAAAGCAUUCAGCACCAGCACUAACCUUAUAAUGCACAAGCGAAUACACACUGGGCCGAAAGUAUGAAUGAAAUAACUACAGGAAAGCCUUUACUGAUCCUUGAUGCUUCAUUCCUCAUUGUAGAAGUCACACUGGAGAGCAGCCCUGUUGUGACCAAUGUAGAAAGCCUCCAGGCACAAUUCCUGACUUCCUGGGACCAAUCUUACAAAUGUUAUGGGUCUGUGAUUGUCUUUAUCAGCGAGUGUUUCAUCCUGAAAGAGCAACACCAUGUUAACUGUUAAGUAUUAAAGGUUAUAGGGUGCUCUAUAGUCCCCUUAAUCUACGUCACAGAAGUGUUGAUAAAUAAUGUUUUCACCGUAAUUUACUACUAAAUGUUUUCCAGUCCUCAUCAA